UAGGUUAAACACAAGAUAAUUAGAAAGGUCAAAAUCGUCAAUGUAAUGUCAAGUCAUUGAAACUAAUUGUUGUUUUUUUCGUCUGCAGUUGAAAAAUAUAAUUUUGUUUACAAGAUUUAUUGAACAAAGUUGAGAUUGCAUGGUUUCUUUGAUAAUUUGCAACAAAUGUGUGACAAUCAGUUUCUUCUUGGACAUGAAAGCACUGAAUUGAAGCGAACACCAAGUGUACAUUCUCAUAACCAUUUUAAACAUCGAGGCAAAAUAAGACCAAUAGAUUUUGUACUGGUUGCGAAAACAGAUGAAAAUUUGGAAAACCGAAAACGAAGGCGAGCAUUUUUUCGUAAUUUAAGAAAACGGAGGUUGAAGAUAUCAGAACCAAUAAUUUCUCAGGAUGGAAAAACAAAAUUUUGGCAUGUCUUUGCAUCAUUUGAUUUGCUAUGCGAUGUAGCAGAAGAUUUAAAUGUCCGGUUACCGACAGUGGAGAAUGAUAUACAAGUCACAGUCUGGUACGAUAAAGUUUUGCAAAAAAUACGUGAUUGGUGGGAUGGCAUUGAUCCAUUCAAAGUGGAAAAUUCUUAUUUUCUCAAAGAAAAACUUUACUUCGCUGACUUAUUCGAUAAAAACAGACGUUCUGAAUUUCUAAAUGGAAACAAGAAGGAUAAAUUAUUUUGUCAAAUGGAACGAACGAGAUUAGUGUCGUACGUGUUAGAAUGUACACCAUUUGGUGAUGAUAAACCAGACCAGAUAGGCAAAUCUGUUUUAAUUGAACUUGGAAUACUUACCGCAGCCUACCCAUGUCAUGAUGGUCCGCUACUAACUGAUUUCGUCAAUCAAAUCCCAAAUAAUAAUCGUCAAAAACUUCAGAAGGAGUGGGCGUGCUUCUUCCAUAUCUUUAAAUAUCAACCAAUAUCAGCAAUAAAGGAUUAUUUUGGUGUUAAAAUUGCGUUUUAUUACGCUUGGCUUGGUUUCUAUACUACGUACCUUCUACCAGCUGCGUUGAUUGGUGUACUUUGUUUUUUCUACGGAUGUUUAUCAAGCAUCUGGUUUGAACCAGUCGAAGAAAUUUGCUAUCCUAAAAAUGCAUCCUUGUAUUACAUGUGUCCUCUUUGUGAUAACAUUUGUUCGUAUUAUCAUCUGAAAGACUUUUCUUGUUUAUAUGCAAAAGUCACCCAUUUUUUUGACAAUGAUGUGACGGCGUUUUACGCCAUAUUUAUGUCCAUCUGGUCUGUAGUUUAUCUUGAAUACUGGAAGCGACAGCAGUGGACGUUAUCCUACAAUUGGCACACAAUGGAUUUCUAUGAAGAGGAAGUAGUGCGGCCGCAAUAUUCCGCUUCUGCUAAAAAGAUUCGAAGAAAUCCAAUAACAGGUAAAAUGGAACCGACAGUAUCAAAGAAGGAGCAAUUUUUCAAAUUAACUGGCGGUUUUUCGGUUGUCGUCUUUUUUAUAACUUUAGUCAUAGCAGCUUUAGUUGGUGUUAUUGUUUAUCGUGCUGUAAUAUUUGGUGUGUUGUUAUCAAGUGGUGGUAACCUGCGGACAAAUUCGAAGUUGUUUGUUACCGGUACUGCAGCUUGUAUCAAUUUAGUAGUUAUAAACGUCUUAAAACUGGUCUACAAACGACUCGCACUUGUGAUGACAGAAUGGGAAAAUCCCAGAACUAGAAGUUUAUAUGAGAAAUCAUUUACAGUGAAGAUGUUUUGGUUUCAGUUCUGUAACACAUAUGCGUCUGUGUUUUAUGUUGCUUUCUUUAAAAGUGAGUUUUUUGUUGGUUGGCCUGGUAAUUAUCAGAGGUUUGGUGCUAAAGAGUAUCGACUUGAGGGGUGUUCGGCACAGGGUUGUUUUUUGGAGUUGUGCGUACAGUUGAUGAUACUGAUGGGUGGACAGCAGUUGCUUGGAAAUUUUGUGGAGUUGUUACUACCUAAUUUACGCAAAAAAUAUAAUUCGUGGAGACACGAUAUAAAAAAACCAACAGAUGUUCCAGUGUGGGAAGCGGACUAUCAGCUGGUCUCACAAGACUGCUUGUCCUUGUUUUGGGAAUACCAAGAAGUCGCUCUCCAAUACGGCUUUGUCACCAUGUUUGUGGCGGCGUUUCCGCUGGCUCCGCUUAUCGCGUUGAUAACCAAUCUAGUGGAGAUUCGCAUUGAUGCCAUCAACAUGAUACAUUCAUUUCGUCGUCCAGUUGGUUACAAGUCUGAGGGUAUAGGAGUAUGGCAUGAUAUACUUACCACCGUCACUGCAUUGGCUGUUCUUGUGAACGGUUUUGUACUUGCAAUCACUUCAGAAUUUAUUCCACGAUUGGUGUAUCAGUAUCAGUUUAGUCCAGAUGGAUCUCUCAAAGGGUACGUCAACUGGAGUCUGUCAAGUUUCAAUGUAUCCGAUUUUACGGAAAGAGAACGUCCUGAUGAUCCAUUUGCACAUGUCGGUAAAGCACAACCAUUUUGUAGAUUUCCAGGAUUUCACGAAUCAACAAAGCCCUAUUCUUUCAAUAAAAUUCAUUGGGAGAUAAUGGCCAUCCGGUUGACAUUUGCGUUUUUAUUUCAAUGGAUCGUCACUGCUGCUUCUCGUAUAUUAUCGUGGAUAAUUCCAGAUCGUCCCAGAGCAUUAGACUUAAAGAUCAAAAGAGAGGAAUACUUAGCCCAUUGUGCUUUAAGGGAUUAUAAAGUCCGGACGGGUAAAAGAAAACCGGACAAAGAUACUGUUAGUGGUAGUGAGGAAGAAGAGGAUACGCGGUUUUCUUCGUUGUCAAAUAAAAAUCAUCUUCGAAACAGAAAGGAGAAAUCAAAUUCUACUCGCAACAUUAGCAAAAGUAAUCACAAACCUAAAAAUAAUACUCUUCACGACAACAAACGUAACUUGGACGAAAAUAAAGAUAAUUACGGUAGCACACAUAAUAAUGUAGACAAUGUCGAGAUGAAGCGGCUUUCGUCACCCAAUCCUCCGGAGAUAAACGUUCAUCCGGCGUCCCCACGUGAACCGGAACAACAGAGUGAGCGUGAUGAAUCAUACACAAAGGACUACCUGAAUCAAAUGUUGUGAUGUUUUUUAUACACACAGAAUAUUCACUAGAAAUCGUAAUAAAUUUUAUUUAAAAUAUUUGUAUAUUUAAUAAUUAUUUUUAAUUUUGCAGUAAGAUUUAACAAAAUAAAACAA